GGGGCGGGGCGGCUGGUAGAAGCAAGCCAAUCACAGCCCGCCGCUUCUUCUGAAAGACGGGCGGGCUGCAUCUGUGUGACAAGGGACGGCUGUGCCACCUCCCCAUGGGGCGGAGCUAUGGCCCUUUAAGAUGGAUAGGUGAUUUAACGUGGGCGAUAGUUUGCUUUCCCGCGAUUGCUCAUACAGCUGACCUAGUCAGACAGGUUGUAAAUACCAUGAAGACAUUGGUCAUUGGAAUAGGAGGCAUAACAAAUGGAGGAAAAACAACUUUGGCAAGAAGGCUUAAGGAGCAGCUUAAAAACUGCACUAUAAUAUCUCAAGAUAAUUUUUUUAAGUCUCAAUCUGAAGUGGCUGUAGAUGAACACGGAUUUUUGCAGUACGAUGUACUUGAUGCCCUGCAUAUGAAAGAAAUGGUGGCAAGUAUACACACUUGGAUAGCAAACCCAGAAGGCUGUGCUUUGCCUGGCCAAUCAAGUAAUAUCCACAAUAAGCAGAAAGAAACAGACUGCUGCAUCUUAAUUGUUGAAGGCUUUCUUCUGUAUAACUACAGGCCCCUUAGUGACAUAUGGAAUAAAAAAUAUUUCCUCACCAUUCCUUAUGAAGAAUGCAAAAAGAGACGAAGCACCCGAAUUUAUAAUCCACCAGACCCACCUGGGUACUUCGAUGGACAUGUGUGGCCCAUGUAUCUGAAACAUAAGAGAGAGAUGGAAGAAAAUGGAACAGACAUUGUUUAUUUGGAUGGAACAAAAUUACAAGAUGACCUGUGUUCAAGGAUAUGUAGUGACAUAGCACAGGAGCUGCAGAAGACAAGUUAGUUGGGUGCUGUUGCCAACCAUGUAUAGAUCCUAAGUACGUCUAAUAUGGACAGCAAUAAUUAAUCCAUUGGAAACUGCCAUAGGAUGUUUUCAAAAGAAACCCUUCUAAAUCAGUGUUGAUCAGGACUCCUGGGUUAAUUCCAUUAGCGAAUCAAUUUCCUAUUGGAGCAGUGUCAUGCUGACCAUGUGAAAUACUAUAGUUCCUAAAUAACAGCGGAAACCUUUGAGGCUGUCUUACAGUAGCCAUUUUAUUUAGGAAAGUACCAAUUUCCUUAGUAAUUUCCUCUUCUUGGAUUAAAUAGUAGUGAUCUCAGAGGGGUUAGAUUCCCUCUCUUCAGCUGACCUUGAGGGAAAGACCCUUUAACUUCUUUCAUUUUAAUCUACCUAUUAGCAUUGUAAGGAUUCAGACUUCAAUACUUGUAGACAAAUCAAGUGCGGGAGGAAGAUUUCUUCUUUUUAUAACUAGGGUGGCACCAGCACAAGAUCAUAAUCUACUCUCUACCAUUGCAACACUUUCCCCCCUCACACACAGGCUUUUCAGGGUAGCUAGGAGCUGCUAGUAUCCUAAUACAGUUGGCCCCCAAGUUAUGUCUGCAGUGAAGAAGCCUGCAUUCUCAUAUUUGUCAAAGAAUACAAAGGACUGAUCUUCUUGUGUGGUGGCUCUUGAAUUUUCGUACAAACAUGAGAUUUCUUGUGUGUCAGGCAGUGUUGUCCAGUUAGAGUUCAGUGUUGACUAGAGGAUCUGUAAUGUUCCAUCUUGAGGUCAAAGUAAAUAAGAUACUGGGAGAUCCAUCAAGAAACAGGGGGGAGGACCCCUGUUAAUCAGAGCGUCUAUUCCCCCCACUCUGCCCAGUAUGGUUUUCCUGACAAAAGCUACCACACACUGUUCCAGAAAAGGAAUGAAUUUCCUGUUUCUUUUGGACAGGAGAUGGGGUUGGGUUCAGUUACUGAAAUAUGUUUGCAAACACUUUGUACCCUCUCCAUGUAGCUCUGAUUCAAAUGGGAUCUCCACAUAGCUUAAGUAUACAUUCUCAAAAUACUGUGGGUGUCUUGGCCACUAGUCUGUUUUAAUCCCUAGAAGUUUGGUAUGUGGGGAAAUCUGACUGUGAGUCUUCAGUUCUCAUUAUUUGAAUAAGCCACCAAACUGUUUGCCAGCCUUAGAGGUUUUAUCCUAUAAGCUUGCCUAGUUAGUAGUUUUACUCAUAUUUUUUCCUGUUUGAUACUGAUGCCCCUGGGAUUUUAAGCUUCAAGAUGAUUAUCACCUUGUCUAAGUAAUGAUCCACUUGAACUAAUUUAGGGAAGAAUGGCAGAAUUUCUCUGUUUGCUUUUGGCUUCAUGCUGAUUCUACAGCAGAGUAUAUUAAGUUCUGUGAUAAUUUAGAUGAAAUAUUUUUCCAUUUCUAGGUGCAGUGGCCAUGGCUACUUUUUUAAGGGCCAGAAAGGGGAAAUCUUCAACACUUUCAUUCUUUGUCACUUCUCUCCCUUGGGAAAGACAGCCUCAGCAACUGCAUUUUGAAAAUGAAAAAUGAUUACAAAGCCACAUUAAAUUUUGUUCUGAACUAACCCUAAUAAAACAAGUUUAUCUUGUUUCCAGGGUCAAUCUUAAACCAGUGGGAAACAGGGUCAGCUGCCUUGUGUCCCGUGAUACAAGGGGUGUCAAUGAAGAGGGGCGGCCAGCUCAGUGACAGGGGCCAGCUGCCCUGGAUCCCAUGUUAGUGAGGAGUCCAACAGGAGGGUAAGCAGGUUCGGUGACAGUGGCUAUUCACACCCACUGUAUCUGGGGCAUGGGCAGCUGGCUUGCAACAGUAGCUCCUGCUCACCUCUCAGAGGCAACUCUUGCCCCUGGUGAUAGAAGAUAAGUGUGGUGGAAACCCAGCAGGGGGUGGUAGUGAUUCUGGGGCUGCAUCCUGGUUUCUUCCCCAGAGGGGGCACUCCUCUUUUGUUUUUUGGCUAGCUGUUAUACAAGAUUCACAAUACACUGAAAAUUGACAUUUUACUUAAAAUCUCAAGAUCUGAAGUAGCUGUAGGUUGGGGGAUAUGCAUGUCAGCACUUUAUCCUAGCCAAUUCUUUCCAGCCUGUGGCACAUCUUCACCUAAUUUGAGCUUGCCAUAGUAAACGCUGGUUUGAACUACUUCAUUUUUGUUAAGCUGACAGUAGUUUGCAGGGGUUGCUUGACUCUGGGAUGCAUAUUAGAAAGUUUACAACACUGUCCUCUAUUCCCAUUAAUUACCCUAUUCUGGAAAGUUUGUGUUCUGAUAGAUUUCUGGUUAUGGGACCAAUGUAUACAACUCCUUUUUCUGUCUGCACUGGCAUCAAGAGCUGUACAUGCCCUCCUAUUCUCUUUUAAUUGUAAAAAUACUUAUCUCCUGCCUGUCUACUUCCAAUGGAACUAAAGACAAAGUCUAAUGAAUCUGGGUAGAGCCUGCCACUAAUACUUCAAAGACAGAAGUCCAUAAAGCACUAUUCACAACUGCUAUAUAAAGGGGAAAAAACCCACCCUCAAUUGCUUUCCUGAAUAAUGCUGCUUUGUAGUAUAUCUUAACACUGCCGGAACUGAUGCUGUUCAGUAGUAAUGCCACCACCAGUGAAAAGGCCGGUGUUGCAUACUUGAUGAUGUUAGUUUGAUGAAAUGAAGAAGAUAAUUGGAAGGAACAAAGUAGUCAGGUUCAGAGCAGAAGAUAUGGUCCUCUUCAAUAUAUGUAUGCCAGGGCAUGAGGGGCCAACUUUCAAGGCAAAUGAGAAGAGGUGGUGGUUUGUGCUAUUUGUCUUUGAAAGUAGAUUUCACAUGUAGGGUAUGGCUGUAAGUUUAAUCAUCAAUAAACAUAAGAAAUGUAGACUCCAUUGUUGGCUGGCAAUUGACAAGAUACUGUCCCAGCCACUGAGAUGUCAAAAUGAGGAGGGAAUGUUAUUAAUGUUUUAGAGUUGCAUGCAUUCCCAGUGGCUAUUAGUAUACUUCCUUGUGUGUUACACCCUUGUCCAUUUUUUUAAAAUUGAAGCCAACCUAGUUGCCUGUUCCUCUGCUUGUUUUUUUAAAUCUUUCAUUCUUAUCCAACAAGUUCUGUCCAACUACAGAAUAUUGCACAGUACAUUCAGCUAUUAUAUUUGAAUAAAAGUGCCUCUAAGCCAAGCUUGACUUUAGAAUUCAUGCAGUAACAAGAAUAUGUAAAUUUAUAAUUGUAAUCUAAUUUCAAAAGUGACUGUUAAUUUUGUACUACCUAGAUAAUGUAUGUUAUUUUGAAUUUAAAGCUGUUGUACAUAAACACAAACCUCUGUAUUUAAUGAGAUACAUUUUAAUAAACCUACUAAUUUUAAAAGA